GCGCGCCGGGCCCCAUGGACAGCUCGGCCGUCAUUACUCAGAUCAGCAAGGAGGAGGCACGGGGCCAGCUAAGGAGCAAAGGGGACCAGAAGUCAUCCACUUCUCAGAAGCCCCGGAGCCGGGGCAUCCUCCACUCACUUUUCUGCUGUGUCUGCCGGGAUGAUGGGGAGGCCCUGCCCACCCACAGUGGAGCACCCCUGCUUGUGGAGGAAAAUGGAGCUGUUCCCAAGCAGACCCCAGUCCAGUAUCUGCUCCCGGAGGCCAAGGCCCAGGAUUCAGACAAGAUCUGCGUGGUCAUCGAUUUGGAUGAGACCCUGGUGCACAGCUCCUUCAAGCCAGUGAACAAUGCUGACUUCAUCAUCCCCGUGGAGAUCGAUGGGGUUGUCCACCAGCCUGUGGGCCAGCAGUCCCCUCACUGGCCCACCCCCCAGGUCUACGUGCUGAAGCGGCCCUACGUGGACGAGUUUCUGCAGCGAAUGGGCGAGCUCUUCGAGUGUGUGCUGUUCACUGCCAGCCUGGCCAAGUAUGCAGACCCAGUAGCUGACCUGCUGGACAAGUGGGGGGCCUUCCGGGCACGGCUGUUUCGAGAGUCAUGUGUCUUCCACCGAGGGAACUACGUGAAGGACCUGAGCAGGCUGGGCCGAGACUUGCGGCGGGUGCUUAUCCUGGACAACUCGCCUGCCUCCUACGUCUUCCAUCCGGAUAACGCUGUACCGGUGGCCUCGUGGUUUGACAACAUGAGUGACACAGAGCUCCACGACCUCCUGCCCUUCUUCGAGCAGCUCAGCCGGGUGGAUGACGUGUAUUCAGUGCUCAGGCAGCCACGGCCUGGCAGCUAGUGAGGCGCCCUGGGGCCAGGACCUGCCCCUGACCACACCUAGACCUUUCACGCGUGGACUCUUCCUUAAGAAAACCCAGCAGCCUCGGCCAUCUCUGCGCCAUGGGGAAGUGGGCAUCUCCCCUGCCAGUCUGGCCAGGCUACGAAGGGCGCAGCAGGCUGCACAGAGGGCAAUGAGACCCUGGGUCCCUGUGUCAGUGCCUUAGAACCCCCUUGCUCUUCUUGGAGGACCUGCAGGCUCUGCUUGCCCCUCCUCCUUUCUUCCUCUGUGCUGCCAUGUUUCUCUGCUGCCAAAUUGGGCCCCUUGGCCCUUUCUGGUUCUGCUUGGGGGAGGGGACAGAGUUCCUGUUGCCCCAUGCCUUGGGCCCCCAGCCUGGAAACGGUGGACACCAAGUGCCUUGCAUAGAGCCCUCUUUCCUGCCUGGUUUUUCCAGGACCAGAUCAGGUCAGCUCUUGCCUGGAACAGUCUCCAGGCUAUUGGUCAGGGAGAAACCAUUCUCCCCACGUCUUCUGUGGGGACUUAGACAGACCCCACGACCUCUGCCUAGGUGGGUAGACAGGAGGGGAGAAGAUCCAUUAACACUUGUGGAAGCAGCAGGGGUCUGUCCUUAGGACACAGAGUCCAGCUAAUCUGGGCUCAUCAGCAGCUGUGGGCUGCUAUCACCCAAGGCCUUGGGACUUGGAUCCCCCAGCUCCAAGUGUGGGGUGUAGACAGGACCCCUUUGCGGUGCCAUAUAAAUAUGUAUAUGUGUAUAUAGAUUUUUAGGGGAAGGAGCGGGGGAAGGGUUGGAGUAGAGACACCCCUUCCUCACCCCUUUCCCAGGCCCAUAAAUUGGGGGGAGGGAGGGAAAGGAUUUUUACAUUUUUAAACUGCUAUUUUCUGAAUGAAACAAGCUGGGCCAAGGGGCCCCAGGCCCCCUCCUCUGCCCCCCACACCCUCUUUGCUUCAUUCAUUCAUUCAAAACAUUUAUUGAGCACCUUCUCUGUGCCCAGCCUGUGCUAGGCCAACCAGCUGACUGUGUGUGUGGAGUCUCCAUACCACCUAAUUGGUGCCUCCACCACCCACCCUGUACUUCACCCCGUGCCUUUAGGGGAUCUGUAGGAGUUGGGACCCUUCUUGUGGGGUUUUGGGAGUAUUCCUGCCAAGCUACACCCCUCCUCAGUGCCAACCCACUCUCUGCAGCCCCCUGUCUCAUCCCCUGCUAGCUGGGGGCUGCUCCCAGGACAUCCUGCCUUCCAGCUCUGCCUCCUUUACCUGGAACCCCUCCCCGAAUUGCUGAGUCUGGAGGUCAAGGCCUUUCUUUGGCUUUCCCCAGGGCCUAACAGUUAAGGGGACCCACAUACCAGUGCCAAGGGGGGUAUCAAAUGGAGAUAUGCCCCCCCCCCAGAGCUGGGGGUGGGAGGGAGGACAUGGUUGGUCUGUAUCCCGUGACCCUCCCAUUUAAGUGCCUUCUCUGUGAUGGAGAGCCCCUCGGUGUCAUGAGAACUAAAGAGGAAGCCAGACCCCC